AACGAAUAAAAAAGAACUAAACUCACUUUCAACAGUUCCUUGAUAAAUACAUUUGUAUUCAGAUACAUGGAUUCAAAUAUGAGCAGCACAUAGAAGAUUUCUAAAAAUUGCAAUGGCUUCUACAAGAAGUUAUUGGAGAUGGAGCAAGCAAGAUUUCUUGCCAGAAGAGUCCUUCCAAACCUGGACGAACUACACCUCUGCCCUCUCACAAACAUGGUUCAGAUUCAAGAACCGCCUAACAUCAAGAUCAGAUGAUGAAACCGAAACUACACAACUCAGAAAGCAAAGCGAGAAUGAAAUGAAGCGUUGCCUCAGUUGGUGGGACCUAAUCUGGUUUGGUUUCGGAGCAGUGGUUGGUGCUGGAAUCUUCGUUCUAACGGGAGAAGAAGCUCAUGAUACCGUUGGUCCAGCUAUUAUCUUAUCCUAUGCAGUUUCUGGAAUCUCAGCAAUGCUUUCAGUCUUCUGUUACACCGAAUUCGCCGUCGAAGUUCCGGUAGCCGGCGGCUCUUUCGCUUACCUGAGGAUUGAGUUGGGAGAUUUUGCUGCCUUCAUAGCUGCAGGGAACAUUCUUCUUGAAAGCAUUGUUGGAACUGCCGCGGUUUCCAGAUCUUGGACUUCUUACUUCACAAGCCUUUUGAAUAAACCAAAAAAUUCCCUGCGGAUCAAGACUGGUCUCAAAGACGGUUACAACUUGCUUGAUCCUAUUGCUGUUGUGGUUCUUGCCGCCGCCUCCGCCAUCGCCAUCAGCAGCACUAGGAAAACCUCCUACCUCAAUUGGAUUGCAUCUGCUGUCAACACUUUGGUGAUUUUGUUUGUGAUCAUUGCAGGCUUUGUUCAUGCGGACACAUCAAAUUUGACACCUUUUCUCCCAUUUGGUGCUAAAGGAAUAUUUCAAGCUGCCGCAAUUGUUUAUUUUGCAUAUGGGGGUUUUGAUAGCAUUGCAACAAUGGCUGAAGAAACCAAGAACCCUUCAAGGGACAUACCAAUAGGGCUUGUUGGAUCAAUGUCGAUGAUCACAGUGAUAUAUUGCCUAAUGGCACUUACACUCAGCAUGAUGCAGAAGUACAAAGACAUAGACACUGAUGCAGCAUUCUCUGUUGCGUUUCAGAGUGUGGGAAUGAAAUGGGCUAAGUAUGUUGUUGCUUUUGGUGCAUUGAAGGGUAUGACAACCGUUCUUCUUGUUGGGGCAUUGGGACAAGCACGUUACACCACUCACAUUGCACGUUCACACAUGAUCCCUCCAUGGUUUGCCCUUGUUCAUCCAAAGACAGGAACACCUAUAAAUGCAACACUGUUAAUCACAAUCUCAAGUGCUUGCAUAGCAUUUUUCUCAAGCUUGGAUGUGUUGUCAAGCUUGUUAUCAAUAAGCACACUCUUCAUCUUCAUGAUGAUGGCUGUGGCACUUUUGGUUAGAAGGUACUAUGUGAGAGGUGUGACACCAAGGGAAAACCUUUUAAAGCUAGUAGCAUUCUUGCUACUAAUCAUUGCUUCAUCAAUGGGGAUUUCAGCUUGUUGGGGCAUAAACCCUAAUGGAUGGAUUGGAUAUACAAUAACUGUUCCUAUAUGGUUCUUGGCCACAUUAGGCAUGUCACUUGUUUUGAAACAGCAAAGGGAUCCUAAGGUUUGGGGAGUUCCACUUGUUCCAUGGUUGCCAUCAAUUUCAAUUGCAAUUAAUAUAUUCCUAAUGGGAUCUUUGGAUUCAUCAGCAUUCAUAAGAUUUGGAAUUUGCACUGGGGUAAUGUUGAUAUACUAUUUUUUCUUUGGACUACAUGCAACUUAUGACAUGGCUCAUCAACAAGAAAAGUUGCAAAAUGAGAACAAAAUUAAGCAAAUGGAGACCAUGGAGAAUGCAGGGCCUUAAAUAUUUACUCUCUCACAUGUUUGUAUUAAAAUCAGAAUUCCUUUCUACAAGUUUUACUAAAUUGUAUGCUAGUAAUCUAUAUAUGUCCCAGUAUGAUGAUCAAAUUGAAAACAAAAACAGAAGAAUUCCUAUA